UAUUAGUUUUAUAAACAAAAACAAAUACUACAAAUUUCAUAAGAUACACUCAUCUUUUAAGCAGACCCUGUAGUUUCACUUCAGCGCCUCCACCUCAUUCUCUCAUAUCACUUCCCCUCUCUCCGACGUAGUUUUGCUUCCCGAUUAGGGCUUUUCUCCGCCGCGCUUCGCAAUCUCCAAUCACCGAUUCCAUGGGCUCCGAAGAAAUCGAGUGGCCCGCGAAUCGAGUUCGCGACACUUUUAUCAAGUUUUUCGAAGAUAAGCAGCAUGUUAAUUGGAAAUCAAGCCCUGUUGUUCCUCACAAUGAUCCUACUCUGCUCUUCGCUAACGCAGGGAUGAAUCAAUACAAGCCUAUCUUUUUAGGAACUGCUGAUCCCAACACUCAGCUGAGUAAGCUAACACGUGCUUGCAAUACACAGAAGUGUAUAAGAGCGGGUGGGAAACAUAAUGAUUUGGAUGAUGUUCGUAAAGAUACUUAUCACCACACUUUCUUUGAGAUGCUUGGUAAUUGCUCCUCUCGUGGGCAUGGGAGCUUCUCACCAAGGUGUACAAAUUACCUGAAGAUCGAAUUUAUGCUACCUAUUUUGGUGGUGAUGAAAAGUCUGGCCUUGACCCUGAUACUGAAGCUAAGGCUUUGUGGCUCAAAUAUCUUCCAAAGAAACGCGUAUUGCCAUUUGGUUGUAAGAAUGACAGUAGAUGACAAAAUUGAUGGUGAAAAAGAGCAGUUCCCUGUGGGCAUGAGAGUUCUUGCUGUUGAUGAUGACCCCACUUGUCUUAGACUCUUGGAUACUUUGCUCAGGCGCUGCCAGUACAAUGUAACGACCACGAGUCAAGCAGUAGUGGCAUUGCAGAUGUUAAGGGAAAACAAGGACAAGUUUGACUUAGUUAUCAGUGAUGUCCAUAUGCCUGACAUGGACGGUUUCAAGAGUAUUUUAAUAUCACAUUUUUUCCUUUUAUUUUCUAUUAACGAAAAUCAGCCUUGACCAUGAACACGAAAUGUGCAUCCACUAUAUUGAGGUAUCCAAACCCUAGAUAUUCGAAUAUAGGGGCAAAAUUAGCUUCAUCGUCAGUCUACAAAGGUAAUAGUGCUUAUUGCUCCUUCUGUUUCCCCGAUUCUUUGUAUCUCUUAUUGUAUCUAUCCACGUAUUUGUGAAAUUGAAAUUCAUACAGAUCUUAUAUGUAUAUGCUUGCGCGUUGUUAGAGAUCUUAUUAUUAGGUAUCUUGUCACUAUUUGAUGCUUCUAAUUCACAAAUUCUUAGUCACUUUACUUGGACGGCGGACGAUUACAAUUUAUUUGGCUGUAAGACAGGUUUGUUUAUCGAUAAUUUCGGUACAUAAUUUUACAGUAUAUUGAUAAGCGGAUUUGUCUUUUUUCUUUUUUAUACGUUUUAAUAUGAUAGUUUGGUUUUAUAGAGUAGAAGAGGAUGUUAUAUUUAUAAUAGUUUUUGAUAAAGGGGACAAAGUGUAUUAACUAAUUUGUUUUUUGUUGCAGUGUUAUGUCAUCUGUUUCGAGUAGUUUAAAUUCGUGUCUGCGUUAAACCAAUGAAGGCCUUAAAACUGCUCAAACACACAACCUCCGUCCAAGGUCCUGCAUCUGAGGAAUUUUCCAUGAGAGUGCACUGAGGAGGAACUGAUUGAACUUGGUAAACCAUUUGGUAAAGUUGUCAACACCAAGUGUAAUAUUGGAGCCAACCGAAACCAAGCUUUUAUUGAAUUUGCUGAAGCGGCUCAGGUCCGAGGGAAAACUUUCUACCUACAGUAUUCCAAUAGGCAAGAAAUAGUGAACUACAAAACUACUGCAGAUGUUGUUGGAAAUGUGCUGGAGAUGUUGCAGAUCGCCGAGAGCUUAGUAGCUGAACGCAAAAUACAAACAAAGAGGCGAAUAAAAAACUGAAAGAGUCAAUUUGUAUGGAUAAGUUCAUUCCAAAGCUGGGUGUCUUUAAGUCAAGGGUGCAGUGCCCUCUGGAGGAGGUGAAUGAACUCAUGAAAGUUGAUCAAGUGCUCGAGUUUAUGGCUUUUGUUGGGCCUGGUAUCUCAAAAAUUGCUAAGGCUGAUGUUUAGUGGUAGUCCUGCAUGCUAUUAUAUAUAUGUAUGGUUAAGGGGUAGUAUUUGAGGUCUCAGUUUCUCUUUCUCAGUAGUUUGUAUGGUAUUUUGUUUGCUUGGUCUUCCCAAUUGGUUGGGGUUCUUUUCGUUGUGACCUUUGCAAGAUUAUAUGAGAUUUACGGAAUUACGGUACUUUAUUUUUUUA